AUGUCUGAAAAACGUCAAUUCUUUCAUAUUUUUCUUAUUUUAUUGAUUUCAUCCAGUACAUUUUCUGAACGAAAUUUUGACAUAAUUUUUGAUGACAUCAAAUGCACGACUGACAAUAAAGAUUAUGUAAAAUAUCAUUCCUGUUCUGUUGACAAAUCAGGAGAUAUUCCUGUGCUAAAUGUCGACAUUCAAAUGCAAAAAGAAGUCCAAGAAUUUCGUUUGGAUUUUGCUGUUUAUGCUUUAACAGCGAUGAAGAAAAAGUUUACAGCCUAUAAAGUUAAUGGUGUAAAUUAUUGUGAUUUACAAGCAGAAGAAACUGUAAUUGCACCAAUUUUUAAAUCAUUUUAUGAUAUGCUUCAAAGAGCUGGAACUUUACCAAGUAGUUGUCCUAUUCCAGCUAUUAAUUCUAAUUUAGUUUUUGAUGAUAUUACUUGUGUUGUCGAAAAUAAAGAUUACAUCGAAAGUUGUUCAUGUUCGGUGGAUAAAUCAGGAAAAGCACCUCUUUUAAAUAUGGAUAUUCAAAUGAAAAAAGAAGUCCAAGAAUCACGUUAUGAUGUUGUCACUUAUGCUAUAGCUGCUAAUAGCAUUCCUAUAAGAAUAUUUAAAGCUGAUGGAUUAGAUCAUUGUGAUUUACAAUCAAAAGAAAAUAUUAUUCCAGCUAUUAAAAUGGUCCAUGAAAUGCUUCACGAAGCUGGUUAUCUUCCAAAUGGUUGUCCUAUUCCAGCAGACUUUCACUAUACAUUCAAAAACAUUUCUAUAAAUAAUGAUUUACUACCAAUGUUUGCAAGAAAUAUGGGAUUCAAAAUUAUUCUUGUGCAUAAUAAUGGAAAAACCAAGUUGAUAACUAUAACGAUUGCGGGAAAAGUGGUUCCUUAA